AUGGGUUUCAGCAGAAAAAGAAAGUUCAAAAAAACAUCACCGGAGGAAGAAAAGAGUGAGAAAGGGAAAGAUGAAGUUACCCCAAAGAGGAGAGGAUCCAGAAGGAAGGAAGAUCCUGCAGAGGGAUGUAGCCACCAGGUGAAGGAGACCACACCUUCAGACAAAAAGCUAAGUACAAAACCUUCUUUCAUGAUGGGGCUACAAAGGCGUUGGAGCAGACUUGCUGGACGUCUGAGAAACACGAAAGAUCUAAUUGUAAAGAAAGGAAGAAAAUUCUUCCUUCUUUCUUCUCAAAGUAAUGCCCAACAGGAGGAAAGCAAGAAGAAACUUAUUCCUAGUGAGACAUCUGAGACAUCCAGAGAGGCUGGAGAAAGUUGCGCUCAGGAACGAUCAAGAAAACGAAGAAGAACCGAACCUCAGAGAUCAAGAGGAAGCAGCGUCUCCCCUAAAAAUAAAACAGAGGGCCAUGCUGCAUUAAAAAAAAAAUCCAAAAAAGAGAGGAACAAUCCAAAAGGAAAAAAGCGCAGCUCCGGAGUUACAAUGGAGGAACAGGCCGGACCCAGUAAAAGAUUUAAAACAGCUGCCCAGGAGAACUCUCCUACAGCCACAGUUCCCUUAACCCUGGACAAAUUCACGUUCCACCAUGUCCUGGGAGAAGGAGGUUAUGGGAAAGUGAUGUUAGCAACUGAUUCCAUGAUGAAACACCGCGUGGCUGUCAAGAACGUCCAGAAGAGGCUCCUCACAGAAUAUAAAACAGGACUAGUGGAGGGCCGUGUCCUACAAAUAACACAUGGCAGCAGGUUUCUGGUGCAUGGCUAUGGUGCCCUUCACACAGAAAACUAUGUUUAUUACAUCAUGGAGCUGGUCAGCGGGGGUACACUUUCCAACCUCAUCAUCGAGAACGUGUGGCUAGACUACCCCACCAUCAAAUUCAUUGCUGCCGAGCUGGUCUGUGGGAUACAAUUUCUACAUACUAAAGGGAUCAUCCACCGAGAUUUAAAACCCAACAACGUGCUGCUGACCAGAGAAGGGCACAUUAAAAUUACAGAUUUCGGCCUCUGCCUCGAUGAUGUUUAUGAGGUUACAACCACAACAGACUAUAAUGGGACUCCCGGCUAUGGUGCACCAGAAAUGAUCCUGCAAAAACCAUACGGUGCCUCGGUUGACUGGUUUGCCCUUGGAGUCAUAACAUACAUCAUGGUUGUUGGAGGAAGCCCUUUCCGUGGCCAUACAUAUGAAGACAUUAAAAAGCAGGUCCUGGAGCAUGAGCCAACAUACGAUAGCUUUCUAGACCUUGAAACUGUGGACUUAUUAAGAAGACUCCUGUGUAAAAAUCAGUCUUGCAGAUUAGGGGUACACGGGGACAUAAGGAAACACCCAUUUUUCUCCUCUAUUCAUUGGGAUGACAUGGACGCCGGAAAAAUACCAUCACCAAUCCAAAUGGGCAAAGAUUCCACCGAUACACAGGCGACAAUGCAGAUUCCUGUGCCCUGCAGUGAAGAAGGGAAGGAUCCGAUCUAUGACGACCUGCAAGAGAUCUUUGAGGAUCUCCCUUUUGUCUGCUCAUCGUGGGCUGCUCACUACCACCCAGCGCCCAUGCAUUAA